AUGGAUGUUGCUAAGUUACAUAGUUCUGAUGAUGAUAACAAAAAGGAAGAAGAAGUUGUGCUUCCUGGGUUUAGAUUCCAUCCCACAGAUGAAGAGCUUGUUGGGUUUUAUCUGAAGAGAAAGGUGGAGAAAAAGCCUCUUCGAAUUGAACUCAUCAAACAAGUUGACAUCUACAAAUAUGAUCCAUGGGAUCUUCCAAAAGUGAAUUCUUUGGGGGACAAAGAAUGGUAUUUUUUCUGUAGAAGAGGGAGAAAAUACAGGAACAGCGUAAGGCCUAACAGGGUAACAAUGUCUGGAUUCUGGAAAGCCACAGGGAUUGACAAGAGCAUAUAUUGUGUGAAAGAACCACAUGAAUGCAUUGGACUCAAGAAAUCAUUGGUCUAUUACCGUGGAAGUGCUGGGAAAGGCACCAAAACUGAUUGGAUGAUGCAUGAGUUUCGCCUUCCACCUAAUGGUAAAAUCAACAACAAUAAUCCUCAUGCCAAUGACGUUCAAGAAGCUGAGGUGUGGACACUCUGCAGGAUCUUCAAACGCAUCCCAUCAUGCAAAAAGUACACUCCAAAUUUGAAAGACUCAGCAACACUCACCAAACCAAUCCCAAUAGAUUCUAAAACUUGUACCUUAGACUCUGUAGUCAUGCAACAAAUUGAAAGGAAACCAGUUGUUGGACAAGUUGAUCACGAAAGGAAACACUUGUUUAUGGGCCAGUUUGGUUCAGUGACUCAUCAGGCUCCAUCAACAGUGUCAUAUCCAAGUUCUUGGAAUCAUAAUGCUGAGGAUGCAAUAUUAGCAAAUGAUAAUUGGGAUGACAUAAGAUCUGUGGUUCAGUUUGCCAUUGAUCCCUCCACGGUUUAUGAUUGUACACAAACAUAUCUCCCUCCCUACUUUUCUUAG